AUGCAGCUUAUCAAUGUACUUAGCCUACUUCUCUUUCUUGGGUCAAUUCAAGCUCAUGAUGCGAAGUACGCUAGAUAUGGAACUGACCUAACCAAUUUCUAUGCUUGCAACUAUCAAGUUAUCAGAAGUGCCACCUACUGUCGUGCACGUGGUUUUGGAUGCUACUGCAACAACACUGCAGCUUUGUCAACUUUGACGGGCUGUCUCCACUAUAAGGAUAGACUUACUGAUUCGUUGACCAAAUACUUUGUUCACAUGUGUGAAACAGACUUUAAGGUGACUGUCACUCAGCAGAACAUUACCGACGCUUAUGAACUAUUCAAAACUUCGGCCAAGAAUGUUCUGGAGGUUCCAGGAUACAACAGAACGAAGCCUAUCAACUACCCUAUUUUAUUCGAGAAGAGUGUAAUGGACUUGUAUCACGAUUCAUAUGUUCAGUUUCUUGGAAACUAUGAUAAUUCAUUGUACUACGGUGCUGGUGUUCUUGGGUAUUGGCUUUUCGUUAUGGUUAUAGCAAUGGGUGCAAAUUUUGCUACAUAUUUCUUCCCUGGGUUAGUGAAAAAAUGCACUGGUCCUAUUUCCAACACAUGGAGGAAACAUGUGACAUUGCCAGCAACUGCAAACAGAAACAAAUCUGAACAUCACUUUUUCUUCGGUAUCCAUUGGCUUGUUCCAUCUCGAUUUGAAACAAUUGUGAUUGUGGGAUUCAUUGCUGUCACUACCUUCUGUAAUGCACACAAAAUCACAUACGUGGAAGGUGAUCCCCUUUUUGACCUGAAAAGAUUAACUUUGAUCAGGUACGUUGCUGAUAGGUCUGGUAUUGUUGCUACAAUACUCGUUCCAUUAUUAAUUUUGUUUGCGGGAAGAAACAACUUCCUUCAAUGGACCACCGGAUGGAAUUUCGCAACUUUUGUGACAUAUCAUAGGUGGAUUGGUAGAGUGACCUUUGUCUUGGUAGUCGUUCAUUCUGUAACAUUCUCGGUAGCUUUCGGCAAUGAGAGGUACAAAGAGGAUAUGAAAGAAACGUAUCUUAUUUGGGGUACGAUCGGAACUGUUGCUAGUGGCUUUUUGAUGGUUCAAGGAAUGCUCUACUUGCGUAGAAAGUGGUAUGAAAUCUUCUUGCUUAUUCAUAUAAUAUUGGCUGUUCUUUUCAUUGCCGGUUCUUGGAUCCAUGUUGCUGAAUUAGGUUACGUCUGGUUCUUUUAUGCUGCUGUCGCAGUUUGGGUUUUCGAUAGGGCCAUUCGAAUUGCUCGUCUUUCGUUCUUUGGCUUUCCCAAAGCUCGGGUUGUCUUGUUGGCAGACGAAACACUCAAGGUUAUUAUUCCUAAACCAAGCUACUGGAAGUCUGUCCCAGGUGGACAUGCUUUCAUUCAUUUUUUGAGGCCUAGUUGUUUCUGGCAAUCACAUCCUUUCACUUUCACCGAACAUGCUGAACUGAGAGACAAGAUAAUUCUCUAUUGCAAAGUAAAGGGUGGUGUUACACACGGAUUAUACCAGUAUUUGAUGACUCACCCUGGAAUGUCUACAGACAUCCGUGUUGCUGUUGAAGGACCAUAUGGACAAUCAUCGCCUGCUAAGAAGUAUGAUUCUGCCAUUUAUGUGGCUGGAGGUAAUGGUAUUCCUGGUAUCUAUUCUGAAGUUUAUGACUUAGCAAGAAGAGAUAUCAAGCAAUCGUUGAAACUCUUUUGGGUCGUUCGCGACUAUAAGUCCUUAUUAUGGUUCUACGAAGAAUUAUUGGCAUUGAAAGGAUCAAAAAUUUCAACUACUAUUUACAUUACCAGACCAGAUAGUAGUGAAAUUAUUGCUGACUUUGAACAAAGACACCCAGAAGGCACAACCACUGUGGAGCUGGAAAAUGAACUUGAAGAUAAGUUAGACAAAGGUGAUUCCAUUAAGGAAAAAUCCGACAGUUAUGGCUCGAUGCAACCAUCUCAUGAUCUUUCACAUAUCUUUUUUAAAAGCGGAAGACCAAGUAUGAACGAAAUUGUUGAAGAAAGCAUAGCUGAGUCUUCAGGCUCUACUUGUUUUGUGACUUGUGGACAUCCAGUAAUGGUUGAUGCAUUAAGAACUGCAGUUGUGGACAAUUUAAAUAACAAAGAAGGUAAGAGCAUCGACUAUUUCGAGCAGCUACAAGUGUGGGCAUAG